AUGUCCAUGCUAAAACGCAUGCGUAAAUUUCCCGCGCUGAUUUUCAAAAUGGCGGCAGUUCGUCGUUUGCUAGAAUCUCGACAUGUCUACACACAAAAUGAAUGGCUUGAGGCAUGCAUAAGCUUUGUCAAGGAAGAUAACGAGGCUUGCGUUCAUCUUCGUCAUUACUUCUGGAGUUUAAUCACUUAAUGUAUUGUCUUAACUGCGAUGAAUCGAUCACAGGAGGGACAGCUGACACCUACCCAACUGAACGAGCUGGUGUAUGAGCAGUGGUUGAUGGCUGAAAUUCAAGAAUCUAGUCUUCCUCGCUUACCAGAGGGGCUUGGUAACACGGAUAUCUGCAAACUAGAGGGAUUUUUCAACCUACAGGUCGUUAUUUGCAUUCACUUUAGUUUAGUUGUGUUUUCUCGCGUGUAAUGUAUGAUACGUAUACAGUCAAUUCCCUCGUUCCGAGACCGCCCCCCCCCCCCCGUCACCUCCAGUCAUACCCCGGACAUUUGACUGGAGUUUUGCUCUGCACUUGACCCAAAUGAGGCCCGCCUGGUCAGAUAUUUAACUCUAAACACCACAACAGACUAAGACUGUUGUUUUGGGAACAGGCCGGUAUGUGCCUAGUCUGCUACACAGCCGUUUUUAGUGUCGUCACGCAAUGCUCCUCCCCACAAACGGCUGCUGGAAACUGAACUACAUUCCUUUCCCUUUGUGUUUGUGGUCUAACGAACAAGCCAAUCACGUAUAAGAGAUUUGACAAUACGUGAGCCGCAGGGCGCUAGGAAGCGAGCACGCUUCUCAGUUUUCGACAAAUCAAUCAAUCGUCGCUGAAUUUAGACGGGCCCUGUGUUUUCAGGCAAGGAAAAGGUUAAUUUGCAAAAAAGUUUGUUUUAAGUGAAAAAAAGUGAAAAAAAGGUUUGAUGGGCCUGGAAGACUUUCACCAGGAUCAGUUGGUUCUUCAUUUAACGUGCAUAUGUACUGAUAUGUAAUAAAGAAUUUAAUGUGCCGGAUGUGCUCAUUGUGUUCUGUGAAGACUAAACUCUCCAGGGUACUGAUUCAAAAAGUAAUCUUAUAAAUUAUCGAUGAGCCAUUUCCCGAAACUAUACCUGGCAACUUUAUGAGCACAUCCAUGUUGUGCAUCGCAAUUUGCUUGACUUGCUUGCUGCUGCUGCUUAUCUCCUAAAUUUUGAAUAGGACUCGACUACGACAACACUGCUGUAGUUAAUAAUUGCUUGUUUUCACGCGACGAUUUUUGGUUAUUCUGUCAUUCACACAUAAGGCACCGAUAAAAGCAAAGCUGUGAUUGGAGGAGUCACAGUACCGCAAACGAGGCGCGAACACCUUCCAGAAAAUGGGAGCUGAAUUAUAAUUGGCUAAUCACGGGAAAGGAAUAUAGUUCGGUUUUCAGCAGCCGUUAGUGGGAAGGAGCGUUGCGUGACGACUCUAAAAACGGCUGUGUAGCAGACUAGUAUGUGCCACCUAGGACCUCAAAAUAGGAAAAAUGUUUAACUUUAUUGCAAUGAUGUUCCCUAAGAAAGAAUAGAGGAAAGAGGCCAAUUUUCAAUACUUCAGUUCAUUAGAACUCUUAAGUCUUGUUUAAGGUUCUGUGCAAUUUACAUAUGUUAUUCCACAUUCUAAGAAAUGGUUCCCCUCUUCAUCUAGCUUAGGACAUAAAUUUAUGACCUCUUGGGGUGGCACAUACCCAUGAUAAAAUGUAUAAUAAUUAUAGGUGUUUAUAUGGUGAGUUCCCCCAUCUGGGUCAGUAGUUUCAAUCAUUUUUCAGCUCAAUACCCUAAAAGAUAUGAAAACUACUAAAACAUAGGUUUUUUUAUAAGGUUCCCUUAAAAGCAGGACCAAUCCACAAAUUCUGACUCUCCAUAAUAUUUAAGAUGAUGAACACUCCUGCAGUUUUUCAAGAGACCCUUCUUAGAGAUACAUCGAGCAGGGCUGGGGUCUUGUGCUUUGUACAUUUUUGUUGGCAGUGGAUUCAGUACUUAAUAAUAAUUUAUUCAGCGUCUUUGUUGCAACCCUCCACCUACUUUAAAAAACUGAGCCAAAAUUUUUAUCUUUUGGUGUCUUUGUUCCUUUUAUUACACCUUAAUGCCACCCUCUUUUGUUAUCUUUUAAUUAUUGUACUGUGACGAAAGAUCUUUUCUUAUCUGUAUUGUAGAUCAAUUCUAUACUGAAUGUUGGAGAGUCAGCUUAUUCUCAGAUUCAAAAAAUGAAAGGUCAGGAUGACCCAGAAGAUCUAAACUGGAAAAGAAAUGUAAUGCAUUUUAUUAUUAUUAUUAUUAUUAUUAUUAUUGUUGUUGUUGUUGUUAUUUCAUGUAACUGGUAUAUCAUAUAACAAAUAUCCAUACUUCCUGUCCUUUUUUCAAGUAGAUCAUAACUCAUUUUAUGAUAAUUACGAUCUCUCAGGGUCUGAUUGGUCAAGGGCUAUGUUUGAUAAGAGUACAGACCCUGGAAAUAAUGUGAUGUUGGCACAAUUUCUUUUUCUCUUUCUCAUGCACUCAAUUUUCUUAAGAAACUUUAACGGAAAUGGACAUGAAAAUUGCCAAUGUUAUUGUAAAAAAAAAAUCAACAAAAUUCCAUGUUCUGUACUCUGAUCGACAAUAAAAAUGACGUCAAAUUGUUCAAAAUUUUGCAGUGAAACUACUUGCAUGUGGCCAUGUUUCCACUUGAGUUUUGAACAUUUUCAUGCCAGUCAUACUUGGUUCCCCCUUACUUGCCAAUCUCUCUCGGGAUGGACACCCAGUUGGCUGUUGAAGUACUGGUAGAGCCCAUGCUGGCCCUUAAGUUUAUAUAGAGUUUUAUUGGAUUUUUGGAGGUUAAACUGCAUUUGACUGUAUUUGGCAUGGAAUUCCAACUGAUUCUGGCUCUUUUAUAGAGUUAGCACACCUCCUGAAACAAGGUUGUUAAUUUAAUUGAAUGCAUUUUUCUAGGGUUGGUCUGCUAUUUUGUUGUUGUUCUCCCUCCAGUUUUAUAUAAAUUAUAAUUCACUCAAGAGGAGAAUUUUAUAACGGUUUUGGAAAAGUUCCAUAAAAAUUUUUAUUCCACUUUUAUGGAUUCUUGUAGCUAAGCCUAGCUCUUAGAAAAUGAGGGAAAUCCCCCCUGAAAUGACAGCCCUGUCAUCCAGAGCCAAAGUGCUAAAACAACCAGUAACUCUUGGACCAACCCUUUGCUCCGCCACCCCCACCUUCACCCCUUAGGACUUCAGCCCGUAAUAGACAGUAGUAACAAUCUCACCUUAUACAUGUAACCUACAUUUACUUAUGACUAUAUUAUGCAUGCAAGGAAGCUAUAUAAAGUGGAUAUUUUUCUUUAUUUUCAGCCUUCAGAGCCAAAGACCAAGUCUAGUAGGAUGCUACUUCUUGAACUGACAGAUGGAACACAGACUGUAUUUGGCAUGGAAUACCAACUGAUUCCAGCUCUCAAAGUUAGCACACCUCCUGGAACAAAGGUUGUUGAUUUAAUCGACAUGCAUUUUUCUAGGGCUGGUCUGCUAAUUCUUUGUUUCAGAUAAAUAAUAUUAUAGUUUACAAAUUGUCAUGUUCAGAGUAGCUGGGUUAAAUUCCCAGUUCCCAGCCCUUAUUGACAGCUCGAACAAGGGAUGGUGCAGUUGUGAGAGCGCUCGCUGCCUACCAGUGUGGCCCUGGUUCAUAUCCCGGCGUCGAUGUCAUAUGUGGGUUCAGUUUGUUGUUGGUUCUCUCCUCUGCUCCGAGAGGUUUUCCUCUGAGUACUCCGAUUUACCCCUCUCCUCAAAAACCAACAUUUCCAAAUUCCAAUUCGACCAGGAAUCAGGUAGACGAAGAACAACUUUGUGGAUGUGCUACCUCCAAAUCAUCAUUAUUUAUUAUUUAUUUAUUUAUUUAUUUAUUUAUUUAUUACCAUUGACUGCUUUUCUCAGAUACAAGUGAGUGGAAACAUACCUUGCCAUCUGGGAGCAUUGCUACUUACAGCUAGCAAUGUUAGAGUUCUAGGUGGGAGUGUGCAGAUGUUGGAAGGAAACUCUUAUUGGAAUGUCCUUCAUCAGGCCAUGUAGGUUGUUUAUGUGUAAAUAGCAUAAUUAUUCUUAUUAUCUGCCUAUGUUUUUUAUUUGUUAAGAUUUUGAAAAUUAACCAGUAAUAAUCAUUAUGAUUUCCAAGUGGACAUUCAGAGCUUUUUUGAAUAACCACGCGAGGUUGCUUUUUUUAGAUAAAAUUUCAGCAAUGAGGAAGAAUUUUGAGGUCUGCACUUUUUCGAAUUUUUUGUUUAACAUACACCCGCCUCUCAUCUAAAAGUUUUUUCAUUCACCUGUGGUGCAGAUUAAAUUUCAUAAGUAUUACACAUUCUCUAAAACUCUAUCUUUCCCUCAGAGGGCAAGACCCACCUGAGCAGCCUGGUAUGAUAAAAACAGAAAGCAUAGACAAUGAGGAGCUUACUCUUGAUACAGUAAACACUGAAAAUAGUACAGCUGGAGAUUUCAUUAAUAAUAAUCAGAGGCCACUUGUUAAGACAGAGACCCAUCCAACAAAUUCUUCCUCUAUGGAACCUACAAGCAAUGAUCAGAGGAACAACACAAGAAACAUUUCUGAAUGUAGAGGGAGAUCAGUUAUUAAACAAAAAAGACAAAAUGAAAGUAGGACAGUCAGUGGUACUGUGUCUGCAAAUUCCCGCAGUAAUAUCAAAGUGGAAGAUGUGAGCAAUCAAGAUUUCUUUGAUAAUGACGAUGACAUAAUUGCUGCCAUCGCAGAUGAAGAUUAUUUUGGCGUUGAUGAAGACUUUGACAUGGAACAGAUAGAUCAGUUAGAGUUGGGACUGCAAAGUGCAAACAACACUGUUACAGCAAAAAGGAAACCAAAUGCUAGCACAAGAAAUGUUCAAAAUGUGGAUGUGGAGAUGUUGUGUGAUGGUGAUGACAUUUUUUACGAUGAUUUUGUUCCAAAUGAAUUGCUGAUGGAGGAUGAAGAGUAUAUGGAAAUGAAACCUCUUCAACAAAGAAUUGGAAUGUUGCAUCAAUCAAAGAAAGCAAGAAUAACUUCCCUGGAAUCCAGCAGUUAUGUUACGAAUUUAAGUUCGUCAGAUUCUUCUUAUCAUAGAGUAGAGGCAAACAGAAAUUCUUUGCGAUCAAAUGAUGUUUACUCAGUCAAGACAGAAACAAACUAUCCUAUUUGUCGUGAUUUGAUGAACACAGAGCCUUUGUCCUCAACCAAAGCAAAAGGCAUAAUUACAAAACCCUCGGAGGUCUCAAAAAAGGCAUCACCAUUUCAAGUGAAGAGGGGUAUUGACUCCACAAUCAUCACUGACACUGUUCCUCACGCCAGUCACCCAUUUCAUGUGCUUGAUGAUGAAUCAAAGCAUUUUGAAGUACAAGGUAAGUAAAUGGUACAAAGCACAUUCAAUAUGCUCUUCUCACUUAUGGUAAUAUGCCCGUCUAACCUCGUUUACGGGUAAAAAUUCUUUUGAAAUUCAGAUACGAAAACGUCGUCUGAUUAGCAUUUCAAAGGACUUUUUACUCAAAAACGAGGUUAGACGGGCAUAUUACCAUACGUGAGAAGAGCGUAUGUUACAUUGCUACAGGUGUUCUUGUCAAUAAGACAUUUUAAAUCCAGUUUGAACAGAAAUUUAUCUAACAGAUAUCACACUCUGCAUUAAGUCACCGUCACCCCUCUUAGAUUCUUAUAUUAGCUUCGUUAGCAUCCCCUCAAUUGCUGUAGAUUCUUUAUUAUUAUCAUAAUUUUUAUUAUCUCUAUCUUUAUCAUUAGCAUUAGCAUUAUCAUUGUUAUUAUUAUUAUUAUUAUUAUUAUUAUAAUGACUUAAUUCCAUUUUGAUAUUUUUGGGGGGGCUUUAGUUUUGUUUUGUUUUUGUUUUUGUUUUUGUUUGUUUGUUUUUUUUUCUUUUUAAUAAUCCAAUCUCAAGCAGCAUUUGUAAAUUGCCUAUACAUAGUGAGAUUUACAAUUGUACAUUCAAAAACACAAAUAAAGUUUCCAUUAUUGUUGUUGUUGUUGGUAAAUUUUCUUUAUGCACACUAAACUUUUAGAUUUGGAAUAUAAUGCACCUCCCUUUGAGUACCUAUCAGAUGUUCUGAAAAGAUGUCCAGUCAAGGAACAACUGAUUGUUAGAGUCAAGGUUGGUGUUUUUGAAUUGUGGAUUACUAUCCUACAGUCGGGUUUCCUUAAUUUGUAGGGUUGGUCUGAAUUUAAUCCUAUCUAUUGUAGCUUGUACUACAUCUUAUUUAUUUUUGUUCAAAUUUUGUCCCUGCAAAUAGAAGAUGCUAAUUGACCGUUUAUUUCUAGGGGUGGGGGGAAGGUAAAACGUUUUGUCUGAUUUGUCUGCGAGGGGCUGCAUCAAUGUUGAGGUGUAAGGGAAGUCUUUAACUCCGUGAUUCCUUCCACUUCCUCCCCAACCUCCAAAUGCUAUUUACUUGGGCCCUCUGGGGGUUUGCCCAAGUCUCAAAACCAGAAACCCAGAAACGGAUUCACCAGUCCUGAUUUUGUUUACCGUCUGCCCAAACUGUGACCCAACCAGUUAAAGCUAUGCUUUUCCUUUUAUGAUAGGCUCGAUUUCCACCACUGACUCUCUCGGGUCAAGUGAAGCUUAUUUCCAGGACAGUCCUUUUCACCAUACCAUCAUUAUUUUCUUUUCUUAGGCAUACAUUGCCACCAUUGUUUCUCGUUCCAAACCAAUGUCACCAAACUGGAAUGUCACUGUGAAACUGAAUGAUGGAACAGAUACUGUGGAUGCUGAUCUCAGUGACAAGGUUAAAAAACAAUAUGUUUUACAGUUGAGAAAGUGAGUUAAAACAAAAAAUAAGAGCUUGAAAAGGGUUUGUGGUAUGAAUGUUUGUUUGGUCCAUAUUUACGUGUUUCUGAACAUAAUACCAGUUAUUUGAGACCUCUUUCAGGCAGAGAGAAUAAAAAUCAAUUAAAACCAGCUAUAAAGUUUUACAACUAAAAAAACCUGGAUUUUAUAGGCAGGGAAAGAUUCUUCACAUGGCAUUUGAGAAGUGCAUGAAUUUUGCUGGAAAAUUACAUUGGAGAGAUCAUACUUGACAUAAAGGCCUUUAAAAAGUAUUUCACUGAUUUUCACAUAGCCAAAGUAAAGCCAUUGUAAAGUAAUGCAACGUUGACUUAGGUUAUUAAUUAUACUGGUAAUUAUUGUAUCUUCAGGUCCUUUCUGAGUUGAUGGAAUUUCCAGUGGAUGAAUAUCGGGUAAGUAGGCCUUGACCCUUUAAGAAAUAAGAGUGAUCAACAUCAAUUUUCUCCUAACAAAGUCAGAACAUUAGCAAGGGAAAGGUCAUGAGAAUUAGUAAUGGUAAUAGGACUGAGUGGAGCACAAUUCAGGGAGUAAUCGGGCGAGUAAUUUCAAAUCAAUAAUCGAUUUGAAAUUACGAGCCCGAGGAAAAAUACGAGCGAUGCAUGGGCAACUAAAUGUCUGCUCGUAUUAUAUGCUAAACCAUCGAACAAGAGGUUUAUUAUUCCACUACAAAAAAAGUUGUUAUUUUUUUGGUAAGAGUAUUCAGAAAUAUCCUGAUUCCGUCUGUGAGAAUGACGUUAACAAUGAGCAAAAUUCGCGCGUAGUAUAUGCCAAACCAUUGAAUGAGAGGUUAAUUAUUCUACUGCAAAAAAAAAUGUUGUUUUGGCUUCUAUUUUGUGGUAAGAGUAUCCAAAACAUCCUACAGUUCAGCCAUAGCUGCUCCUUUUGCACCCGCGGGUAUUCGCCCAGUUGUAAACCGGUUAAAUCAGGGCACUACAGUAUAUUACGGCCUCGUAUUUUGCGCGUUCUCUUGACCUAAUAUGGUAAAAUGACAUAAUAGUGGAAUAAUAGUGGGGCUUAAAGGGUGAAAUGAAGUUUUGGGCAAUUAUGCCUUGUCGUUUCUUUAGCAGGUUUUCAUAGGCAAGUGAUACAAGAAAAGAUCAGAAAGUAUCUAGAACUUACUGUAGCAUCAAUUUUUGUUCUCUAUUAUAGCGUGAAAUGCAAGAAGCCAUACAGACUCGCAACACAGCUCUUUGUCAAAAAGUACAGAAGGUAAGUCUACAUUCAGACUCAACUAACAGAAGACAUUCAAUGUGAAAAGUUUAUUUGUCAGUCAUCUGAUACAGAUGUAAGCUGGUUACAUCAAUAAUAUACAUUCGAACCUUCCAUAGCCUCAGGGGCCCCCAACGAGAAUAUAGUUCAAAACCACUUCAACAUCGCAUUGUUAAACGUAUUUUAGUAUUUAAACGGCAGAUAUAGGCAUAUUUUUAUCCCCUAAAAAUUUUUCAUCUGUUCGGAUUUCCUAGCUGAAAGAGGGGGGCGUAAGGGUAUGCGGUGAUGCGGUUUUGCGUUAUAUUUGGUGCGGUUUUGCGGUAAUUUCUAUUUUAACUCGCGGUAUUGCGGUUUCAAAACACUAAGCGGUUUGCGGUUAUUACAACCUUUAAGUCGCGGUUUUCGGUGAAUAAAAAAAGUGUCUACGGUGAUAACACUCUUUAGAACGGUCGGCAUCCGGUUGUUUUGCAAGCGCAAGCCAAGUGUUUUGUUUUACAACGCAUCAGGGUUCAUUAUAUCAGCUUACAAUUUAACUCUGUGGUUUGCAAUUACGGCCCUUUCCAGUUAAUACUUAAUGUGAUUAACCCUUUUGGCCAGUGAUGCGUAAAAAAAUUAGUUGCCGGAUGUUAGCUCGUACAGCCUUACAGCGUCGUGUUCUCGUUGCUUUGAUUCAAUGCGCGGCAAUGGCAACUGAGGUCGUCGAGGUCGCAACUGAAAGCGAAGAGGACGUAAUAAUUAAUUGCGUGGCAAUCUUCUAUGAAGAAGGAAAGGAAGGGGAGAAUUUCAGAAGAGCUGUACGUUUUAACAAUCGUCUCCUCCACUGAACGUGAACUCUUUACGAGACAAGAAGGUCACAUGUCCAGAAGAAACAUUUAUUCCGCGUUCCACAACUAGCACAGGGUCGUCCAAAGUAAUCAGUCACCCAAUGUAAGACGUUCAGGAUCAGUGACAGAGUUUUUCAAAGUCAAGGGAGAUAUAUCACUACUCGUUCAAGUACAUGACAAGCAUACUUGGCAUUUGGUUAGUAGUAAAUAGAGUAUAAUAGUGUAGUACAAUAUAUCGUUAGCGUUAUGAUGGUAUGUUUAAUACUAACGCACAAUGUUAUUGCGUUCGAGGUACGAGAACGCAACCCCUAAUUUGUGUUGGGUGUUGUGUGCAUUAUUGGGUGUCCCGUGCAAUUAAUAAGGGAGGUUUUUUUGAGACUGCAUUUUCGUUGUCGUCGUCGACACACAUUUGCCUCGCUUUGAGGCGCUUGCUUAAGUUUUGCCUCACUUUGACGCGCUAACCCAUGCGGUGAUUCUUGUGUCCUCAGCGUUCAUCUUUCAAAGGUUUGCUGAGGUCUGAUUAGACUUUCCAAAAAUCCUUCGUCGGAUUUCAUAUCGUCGCUCGCGGUCGGCCGUUUCGCGGCCAAACAAGGCUCGGCCAAGAGGUCGACUUGUAGCAAGUCUAAGGUUAGCCUCCCAAGCAGGCGUUUUUAGGUGAGCUCGUUUUUUAUAGGGAUGAAAAACGAGCUCCCCCUAAAAACGCCUGCGUGGGAGGCUAGUCUAAGGUCUAAUAUUCUGUCUUCGUAAGGCGUUCAUCUUUUAAAAAGUUUGCGGAAUCUUCGUAAAGCGUACAUCGAUAUGUGUUUCCUGAAUCGUCUAAAGCGUUCAUCUUUCAGAAGUUUGCUGUAAAAUUUUACUUUGGAUUAAGCCGUCACAUUUUUAUCAGCAUGGUUCGUCACUGUCUUUAGAAAAUGUCUGCGACUCUUGGUGCAUGCAUCAAACCGUGUUAAGUUCGGCGGCCGUUAUGCCACAAAGUAAAUUUACCGAGUUGUGUAGCUUGGCGGUCGUUGUGUCAAACAGUAAAUCUACCGAGUUGUGUAGCUCGGCAGCCCUUGUGUCACAAAGUAAAUCUACCGAGAUGUGAAGCUCGGCGGCGCCAUUUGAUCAUGACUUGUGAUAUUUUCGGCACCGGACAAACAAACACAUUAACUCUAUGUUAUUUAUUAGGAAAAACUUAUAAACCAGCCCACAGUAGCGCCACUCUCGAGUCACUGAAAUCAACACGCCGGACCAAAUUACUGGAAAAGUUAUUGACGUGAGCCGCACACACGUACCAUUGAAGGCUUUGACAGGGUUAGUGCGAAGUUUGAAUUCAGAUGUGAAAGCUUUUAAAACAGUAAAUUCAAUGCAAUUCAUUUUGUCAACAAGUUGAUGAUUGGAUGCUCUUAAAAAUAACAGAGAAAAUUAUCCGAAGAAAUGUUUUUGAAGAAAGAAAAAGAAUCCUGGGUUAAGCACUAAUCGGCCUUUGAGUAACUGCGCCCGGUAACUCGCGCCAGUAAAACAAUAUGUUCCAUUUACGACGCACUCUGGCCAAUGUCCCCUCCGACUUAAAGCACUUAACACCGAACCAUACGAUAUCUUUUGAAAACGUUCUUAUGAUACACAGUUUAAAUAGAGGUUUCGCUGUACGCAACCCUAAUACGUUCAAAAUAUGCCAUAAUCAUAUUUAUCGAUAUCGCAAACACCCUUUCGCCUCAACUGCUACCUGUAUGCCUAACAAACAUAUCGAACGCACUCUCCUAAGCUCCGAUUACUCCUAGUCAGAAUAUAUCACAAGUCUUGCUGACGUCAGCUUUCAUAUUGUGGCCUACAUGUGCGCGCGGUUUCGGUAUUCGGGAAAAAAUCCGAUGCGGUUUGCGGUUUUUUGGCGUAUUUCUGUGCGGCUUUGCGGUUUUCGGACCCCCCUUACGCCCCCCUCCUGAAAGUCUAGUGAUCCGAAAAUUAUAGGGAUCAAAACUUACCUUUUCGAAAAUUGCAGCCAGAAAAAAGGCUCCCGAAAAUUCUAGGUGACCUUUUUAGGGUAAAAAUCCGUUUAAAAUGGGCAAUUAUAACAUUUUUUAGAUGUUCGAAAAUCGAAGGAGAGGCAGGCAAGCUAGAAAUUUUACAACAAAUGUUCCGAAAAUUCUAGAUCUCAAAUCGUCUUCCGAACAGAUAUUUUCCGAAAAUUGUCGUUAGGUGCCCCUGAUAGCCUGCGUAGCAAGCGUUUCCGUUUGGUUUCGGAGCAAAGAAAGACCGAGGAACGGGAUUCUCGGUUUUGGCCGCGCGAGAAAUGAAACAAGAGCCAAAAAAUGAAAGAGGGGGGAGGGGAAGGGGAAGGAAGGACCUUCCUUUCUGCCCCACCCCCUCCCCGCUCUUUUACUUGCGCCAUUUUUCGCGCGGUCUUUGACUCUCGUUCCUCGUUCUUUGCUCCUAAACCGCACGGAAACGCUUGCUACUCAGGCUAAACCUUCCAUACCCUGCAUAACAGGCGGGGAAGACGCAGAUCCCCCGUCGCGCGUGUCUGGCGCUCCUCGCGCGUUUCGCGCUCGCCUUUCCUCUCCCGACAAACGCGACAAAAUAACGCCCGUUAUGCAGGCUAACUUUCUCAAGUGGCCACCCAAAAUGCAAAUAAUUACUUUUCGCGUACGGGAAGUGAUCGCCUCGAAGAAUAGAAUUGCGAUCGUUUCGCCCGAAGGCGUUCGCCAGGACUUAGAUUCGCGAGAUGACAUACAACACUCUACAACAUGGUGAACCUACUUCUCCGAGAUGUUAUUUUAGUUAACCUAGGAUUCAACAUGUACAGUCACUUUUUUGCCAUGCUUAAUCCUUUUUUCUCAAGCUUAGAGAACGAGAAAUACUCGCCAGGCGAAUCGACUUAGUCUGGGCCAACUCCCAUUGGGCGAAACGACCCGAUACCGAAGAAUCGAACCUCGGGGCGACUCUUCCUACAACAGGUCCGAACACAUCUACAUUUCAGAGGAAAAUUCAUGGCCUGCAAUUUCGAUGUGUGUAGUUUUAUUUUGUUUCUAAAAGUACAUCGCACCUCUUAGUAGUGAAGAACAUAUCAAGAACAUGGAGAUCACACCUCAGCGUGUAAAGAAAGUAGUGUCCGAUAGCCCGGGACUAGUGGAUUUUGCUAUUGGGCUAGUGAAUUCUGUUUUUAACUUUCCCGACGGGCAAGUGAUGUUUUUUGAGGAAUUCAAAUAACGGAAGAACUGUGAAAUCAAUUCUGCUCAUCAAAACGUUUUUGGGGCUAGUUGAAAUGACGUCUGGGCUAGCAAAUGCUAGCUUCGGCUUGCCCGAAUGGCAAGCUGUAAAAAUGAUUUUCUUUGCACCCUGCACCAUGCCCUAAGUGCUCGCUUGCAGACAAUGGGAAAAUAAAACGCCGUCUCGCGGUCGCUUACGAGAGGUUCUAACUAUGGGCAAACUGGAAAGUUUUACUGUUUCUGGUUUUUGGUGUUUCGCUUAUAAGAGGGGGUCGGUUCCCAGAGGUAGUCGCACAUGGAGGUUCCACUGUACCCGCAGUAUGCUGUUAAUGUUCUAGACUACAAUAUGUGCCCGCCUGGUACGAAAAACUGCUAAAAAUCACCCUUGAGAAGUGGCCAAAAAAUUAAUUUGUGGAAAAGUUUGAUUGAUCCCCGACUAAUGCAGUGGCACGAAACCCAGGGGAAAUGAUUCAGGAAAAAACAUGGAACGCUGAAUACCUUGUUACUAAGAGUCUUCAGUCAAGUGUUCUGUAAGUGAACACCAAAAAUGCGAAGAGUUAGUGGUCGCGUAGGGGAGGGAGUCUCCUACAAGGUCUUCACGAGGAGAAAUCUGGACACAUCUACUUUUUGGAGAGAAUGUAUCGCAUGCAAUUUUUAGGUUACAAUAAAUUAUAUGUAAAUCCAUGUUGUUUCUAAAAGUUCUUCUCAUACUCUGAGUAGCGUAGUAGAUGCAGCGAAUACAAAGAUCAGACCAUUUUAUCAGGUGUUUUUUAAAGAGGUUAAAACAAUGGGAAAUUCUUAAACCUUCAUCGUAAAGGGUGGUCGCGGACGUUUACGAGAGGUUCCAGCUAUAAGGCUUUGACUGGAGAAAUUUUGUUUUGGUUUGGAUGAGUGGUCGCCUACGGGAGAUGAUGUAAAGAAGUGGUCGUACCUCUACAGGUUCGACUGUAACUGAAAGAGAUGCAUGUGUAAAUACCUAGAGGCAUAAUCUAUAUACAGAAAUAGGAACGGUCAUUCGAAAAACACGGACAUCUGAAUAUCCAACAAUAUAAGCUACCGUAAUAGAAACAUUGUAAAACAAGAAGAAAGCGAUCACGAAGAGUGAUACAAAUCCCGCGAGAAGGAUAUAAAUGGUGCGAAACUGUCCCACGAACUGCUCCGCGCCUCUAAACCGCGCCGGCAGAUUUAUAUUUCUGACUAAUUUCUUCCCAUGUAUCUCAAUCGUGAAAAAAUGAAGUUCUUGUGACUCUUUCAUGCAUUCAAGCAAUGUUACAUGAUUUUAAAAAUGCAUCUCACAACUACUUUAAAUUGAUCUUUUCACAGAGAACAGAGCUCUUUCAAAGAAACCUAGCCUCCACUUCUUGUUUGAUGGAUUUACAGUUUUCGCCAGACAAGCCUCAAGCACGUAUUCUCCACUUGACUCAGCCAACAUCUUUAGAUGUUUCAGAAAUGAUUCGUCAUGUCGGUGCAUUGUUGUAAUAUUAGCGUGUAUAAGUCAGAAUAAAAAGAUUUGCUCA